UUCCCACGCCAACGCUCCGGCUCCGGGUGUUUUGCUGAGAUCUAGGAGGCCCCACUCUUCACGUCAGCAAGUGACCGAGGCAAUGGCAGCGCAGAAGAUAAACGAGGGGCUGGAGCAUCUCGCCAAGGCAGAGAAGUACCUGAAAACUGGUUUUUUGAAGUGGAAGCCGGAUUAUGACAGUGCUGCUUCUGAAUAUGGAAAAGCAGCUGUUGCUUUUAAAAAUGCCAAACAAUUUGAGCAAGCCAAAGAUGCCUGCCUACGGGAAGCUGUUGCCCAUGAAAAUAACAGGGCUCUUUUUCAUGCUGCCAAAGCUUAUGAGCAAGCUGGCAUGAUGUUGAAGGAGAUGCAGAAGCUGCCUGAGGCCGUGCAGCUGAUGGAGAAAGCCAGCGUGAUGUACCUAGAGAACGGCACCCCUGAUACCGCAGCUAUGGCCUUGGAGCGAGCUGGAAAGCUCAUAGAAAACGUAGAUCCAGAGAAGGCUGUACAGCUGUAUCAGCAGACUGCGAGUGUGUUUGAAAAUGAGGAGCGCCUCCGACAGGCAGUUGAACUCCUAGGAAAGGCCUCCAGACUGCUGGUACGAGGACGGAGAUUUGAUGAAGCUGCACUGUCUAUUCAGAAAGAAAAAAAUAUUUAUAAGGAAAUUGAGAACUACCCAACUUGUUAUAAGAAAACAAUUGCUCAGGUCUUAGUUCAUCUACACAGAAAUGACUAUGUGGCUGCAGAGAGGUGUGUCAGAGAGAGCUACAGCAUACCAGGGUUUAAUGGCAGUGAGGACUGUGCGGCGUUGGAGCAGCUCCUGGAAGGAUAUGACCAGCAAGACCAAGACCAAGUCUCUGAGGUCUGCAACUCGCCCCUUUUCAAGUACAUGGACAAUGAUUAUGCUAAGCUGGGCCUAAGCUUGGUGGUCCCAGGAGGAGGAAUCAAGAAGAAAUCCCCAGCAACACCCCAGGGCAAGCCUGAUGGUGCUGCCAGCACAGCUGCUGAAGAGGAGGAAGACGAGUACUCGGGAGGCCUGUGCUAGUACCCUGCCUACAGAGAUGAGCGGAUGGGAAUCCUGACAAGCCAUCUUCAUAGGAUUAGGACUCAUUUUGGGGGCGUCUCUGCUUCACUGAAAUGCUGAUGUUGAAUGUUAAUAUAUAUGAAGUUUUAGUUUACCAUUUCCCCAAACCAGCCAUUUUAUCUACUUUUAUCUUCUUUCCUUUCCAUUGUAAGCAGAAAACACUGUCAUAUUUUAAUAAUUGAUUUUAAAUGUAUAGGCCAAAUUCCAGAUAAAUUAUAUCAUAAGCGAAGUAGGAAAUAGGUGUACUCAGUCUUUUCUUUUGGGUUCCUGUAAUUUAUUGUUAGAUAGUUUUCUUUGCAUUUUAUUUAAUGUCACUUCUAAACACGCUGGUGUUUUGUUAAAAAUAAUCAUUUCAAACUGGUCUGGUUCUUUCCACCAUCUUCCCGUGUUGUCACUUGGUGCCCAUGCAUGUCCUGGCUAAGAGUGUCAACAAUGCCAAAAAGAGAGGCAGGCAGCGGGUCCUCAGCAGACACUCCUCCAGAGUCGUCAUCUAGUCUGACUAGAUGUCUGGGAUGGCGCAUGGUUACACUGUAGACUGCUGAUGUGACCAUUGAUGAUCACAGAGGGUGACAUGGCUGUCACCCUCCCAGGCUGCGUACAUGCGUGUGGAGUAUGAGGCCCAGAUUGAAUGUGCUGCUCCGUGACCUAGAAACAGCAGCAUCAGCUCUUCUGUCCUGUCUGUUCACUUGCAUUGUUCCCCUAGCCUUGCUACCAUCAUGGACGCAUCAUAGACCAUGAAGGAGCAGAACAAGAACACAGGAGGGGAAACCUGGGGACUCUUUCUAGGGAUAUAACACGUAAGUAAGCAACAUACUUCAGUGGAAGGAGGUCUUGUCUCAAGUUGAAAAAAAUUUAUCAGUCAUCGUAUUAGAUACAUUCAAAUUAUUGAGUCUUUUCAGAUUCAAGCUUGGGACAAAAGCUUUAUAAUAUUUAGCUCAGUAGCCCUUACAUGUGACUAUAAAAUACAGAAAGCAACAUAUUAAAGUGCUGUCGUAAAUGUCCUCAGCUCUCCUUGAAGUAGUGCUAUUCUUGUUUCUUAAUAACAAAAAGUAUGAUUGUUCAAGCCUACUUGGCUCUUGACCAAAAUGGGACUAGGUAAGACCAUUUCUCCAUCUACAAUGACAGGUGAUGUUCCUGCCAAUCUAGUAUGCACGCAUUUCUUACCUCCAAAGUAAUGUUGGUUUGGAGUUCAUACUUUAACAUGAGUUGUGCUAGAUACUACAAAAAUAUUAGCCCAAGAGGGAGAACAUAGUUUUGAAAGACAUCCCUUUAGGACUGGAUUACCAAUCUUUCAUACCUCAUAGACAUCCUGUGGUAAUUUCCUAAAAGUUAGUUUUGGAGCAUUUCUCCUUUUGCCCUGUAUGACUAAGACCCAUUCAUGAUUUGUGAACUGAAGAGGUUACACGCAGCAGCAGUAUGUGCUAGGAAGUGGUGCUGACUGGAAUAAGGCUCUCGCCACGCCCCACCAUGAGUAAAGUAUGCUUGGACUUGCUAGAUUUCUGAAGCUUAGGAAAAGCAUUGUUACGAUGCUGGUCCCAGUGUCAUGGGAGUGCUCCUACAGACUAGCAUCUGCCUGGUGUGCUUGAGUGACCUGAUAUCCCUGCACAGACUGCAGGUCUAAUACCAAACACUAAUACAAGUGUAUGCUUCCCCCUAAGUUACCUGCAUAGUUCUUCGGGUCACCAGCUCAUUCUCUUUAGAAUUGUUUUGAGAUUAUGAAUAAAGCUGUCUUCCAAAUUUUUAUUUAAGAAGGAAUUUGGUGUUUCCAAGAUCAAUAUUGUAUUUACCUUUAGAUCCGACCAGAAAUAUUGGUGCUUGUUUAAGUCAAUUAGCAGACUUUUAAAAUAUAUUUGGCAGUACUCAAAAGUUACCUUAGACUAUUUUAUGGCCCAGGUUAUUCAAUAAAACCUUGUAGAUGGUCAAUUUUACUUGUGUACACCAUAAACACAAAAGCAAUCAUCAGUGCAUUGGGGAGCAGCAGUGAGCUCGGGUUUUCAACAGCAGGUAUUUAGACUGCACCUCCCGCCACCUCCACUAGGGGCCGGCGUGCAGGAUUUAGAGCUCAUUUUUGUCUGUCAGGGUUAUUGUGUGUGGUGUCUCAGAAGGAGCAUUUGUUCCUCAUGUACACAUUUUAUUUUUCUACUUGCAUUAAGUUGUUGUCCUCAUGAUCUUAGAAAUGGAAAAUGUAGUCUUUACAGCAAACAGAACUCUAGCACCCUCCCUGUGAAAGUGAAAGUCUGCAUGAGUAUGCUCAGAAUCAUCUAGCGUUUAGUGCUGUUCUAUAGUGAGUGAAGUCGGCCAACAGAACACAUUUAAUAUAUUGAAUUUGUAAAUAUGCAGAGUAUAGUAUUUGUGUAUGGAAUCUGUGCAUUAUCAUAUUUUUUCAGCUUUUUGGUGAAUAAAAUAUUAAUAUGUCGUUAAUGGAAAUUAGAUGAUUGCUUCUGAAGGAAGAUAAUUAUGAAAAUAAAACCCAAGACUAUGUGAA